CUCUUCCUUGGACUUUGACCUCUCCCAGCUUUGUCUCGCUCCAUCCAAAUCGUCGGAACCAGGGUUCGGAUACCGCCCGCGCCCAGAACCGAAAAAGGGAAAUAAUUACCGAUUCGGACUGUACAUAUAAGAUCCGCCCAUCCCUCGAAAUCCGAGACACCACCGUCACCAUGGGCCCAUCUCUGAGAGACCACGCCUCCUUCGCCCGUCCCUCCACCCGGGACCGCCCCUCAACUCGCGAUCAAGGGGAGAACUCGCUGGUCGUCCCAAGUCGCACCUCCUCGCUUCACUCGCGCAUCACGCAACCGAUCCCUUCCCAGGCAAACCCUAAACCCGCCCAACGGACCCCCAAGACCCUCACUCAUGCCUACAUGGUAUGCGGCGUGGGCCGGGAGCCCUCCCAGUGGGUUAGGGCUCCCGCCCCGGCGCAGGGAAAGAUCGGCCACAUGAAGGGAGCCGUGAGUCAGUUCUGGUUACCCGAGAUCCUGGGGAGCAGUCCUCGGUUGGAGCAGGAUAACGAGAUCGCCAAGUCCUUGCACUCGGCCAUGAGGGCCUGUUUCCCUCACGAUGUAGAGAUUUGCACCGGCAAGAACCAGCCUCACUGCGUUCACCAUGCCUUCGUCCUCCAGCAGGAUUCCUCCCACACACUGUACGGUAUCGCUUUGCGCGUCUGGUCCCGGGCGGAUGAUAAGCGUGCGGAGACGAUUCGCGAACUCAGAAAGAAGACGGAGCCGGAUUUCUACGACAACCCCGAGGAGGUCUACUGGAUUCCCUACUGCCUGAGCUUUCUGUCCCGCUACCCUCUCUACGACCUGCUGGGCGACUACCUCCGUGGCAUGUGGAUUCAUUGGAACAAAGCGACCAACCUGUUUCACGCGGAAGAGGUUUCGCGGAUCUUGAGUUUCCCUGCGCCUCGCCUGAAUGACCUGGUUCGCAUCGACAUGAAGGACUACGCUCUCUGCUACCAGUUCCCGUCGUCUCCGACCGGCUUCCAGAACUUCCCCUUGUGGCCCCUGUUCACCUGCCUGUCGAUUCCCAACGUCGUGGGUGUUGUUGAGGCGGCUGUGUCGCCCACCCGCCGCAUUAUCUUCGUCAGUCACUACCCGGCCAUGCUCACAAUGGCCGCCGAAACGAUCCGGUACUGCGUGCGCGUCUACGAGUGGAGCGGUCUGUACGUUCCGAUGGUGCACGCCCGUCACAUCAAGGACCUGGUUCAGGAGCCUGGUCCGUACAUUCUCGGUGUCACUGCUGAGUGCCGGACUCUGUUCAACGCCCCGUCGGAUGCACUGGUUGUGGACCUGGAUCGCAACUUCGUUCUUACGUCGAGCCCGCCGGAUGUUCUGACUCCAGGCCAGCGGACCAAGUUCAUCAACCGGUUGACCCAAGCCUUGAAUGGCGAUGUGUCGCCCUCCGGUGUUCCGAACCACCUCCGUUCUGCCUAUGCGGGUGGCAAGCUCAUCCCCGCCGGGCAGAUCAUUGUCAUGCGCGGCGAAGUUGAGAGCGUCCAAGACCCGUCCUGGUGGAACCAGGAUGCCGUGAUGGGCGUCAUGGACCAUGUGUGCGAGAAGCUGGGACGCAACACCGGCAUGAAGGCUAUCUUUGGUGGCGCUGUGAAGAAGCCUCUCAUGACCAAGGUGUCCAUGCGCCAUCUCAACGAAAUUGUGCGUGAGAGGAACCAGUACUCUCGUGAUGCCAUGGAGGCGUGGCAGGACUUCAUCAACCUCAAGGGCCGCAUGGACACUGAGUUGAGCAAGGUUACGAAGCGCAACAACUUCUUGGUUGAGGAACUGGAGACCUGGAAGCAGCAGUUCCUUAAGUUCCAGGCGUUCGCGGAGCAGCUCACCAAGGAGACCUCCGAGCUCAAGGUCAAGAUCGAGAACCACAAGCGCGAGAACCGUCGCCUUACCGGCCUCAUCGACCAGCAGAAGGACGAUGUGUCUCGCCUCACUCUGCGUCUGUCCGGCACGGAGAAGCAGCGCGAUGAUGCUCUGGAGGCGUUGGUCCUCCAGCAGGAAAUCGCAGAAGAACUCGAGCGCGAGAGGAAGCGUAACCAGAAGGAGCUCUCGUCUAUGAAGCAUGCGAACUCGUCUCUUUCACGGCAACGAGACGAGGCUCAGCGCGUGGUCUUGCACCUCCGUAGCCUCAUCAACGGCCAGACACACCACAUGGAACACAUUGUUCGCUCGAUCGGCAGCUCCGCCGAACUCGCCGACCAUGAGGUGGUUGGAGAGACUAAGGAAGUCGAGAUCGAGGCAGAGACCCCGAGGAGGGAGUCUGUUCUCUCAUCACGACGCUCAAGCGCCAAUGUCUCGGGAAGGAGCGUCAGUCGGGAUAUUGGACCGGACUUGGAGCAGCAUCUCAUGAACAUUGGUAAUGGGCACAAUCGUCUCGCGCGUCUAAGCAUAACUGAUGUUGCAGACCGCUAUCUGCGUGACAAGACGGAUGCGAUUUCGGACAUCAUCCGCAGCAUCAGCGAUCAGUGCGCCGCCGCGGUGGAGGGCCUUCAGCUCGCUCAGGACGCGGAGGACGAUGACCUCGAGAGCACUGGCAAAAGGACUCCCAACGGGCGCCGCCUGACGUCGGGCCAUCUGACGCCCGCGGGUAGCGAGAUGGGAGACGACAGCCACUCGCUGCAUGUCGACCACCGCCACUCCAGUGUGCCUCCCACCCCGGACUUGGUGCACAACCGGUCCAGCACCUCGAUGUCGAUGGUCAGCAGCUCGACCUUCCCGGAGAGGUCGAGUUUACAGUACGGGCCCGGCGAGUUCCCGACCCGGAUUGUCGAGGAUCACGACGAGCGUGCCCACGAGACCGAUAGUCUUGACGGCCACAGCGAGACGGGCACUCUUUCCAAGCAGGCCAGCGAGGACCUCAUGCGGCCCCGAUCCUCCCGACUGAUGGCGUAAUAACCACGAUGCAACGCUUGCCUUGCGACGACUUUUUCACGCGACGUCUGCUCCUCCAUCAUCUUGUCAGAAUUCGAGCGAGUUGUGGCCAACCUUCUUGGCA